AUGGACCGCGGCGUGCUGGUGGUGCCCAAUGUCCUGACGCGCGAGGAUGUGGCGGAGGCGCGGCGAGGCCUGCACGGCGAGUUGACCAAGUACGGAGUGGACCAUGACAACUUGGAGGAGACGGGUGACAACCUCAAGAAGCUGUCGAGUACGGGGGGAGCUGGCGGCAUUCUGGACCUGUUCUAUCCGUCGUGGAGGCUGAAGGUGGCGGAGCACGAGAGGGUUUUUGCAGCCAUGACGGAUCUGUGGGAGGCCACGUACGCGCACAACCAUCCGGACUUCCAGCACCCAUUCGGGGACUUUGACGGCAAGCGCGGGUACAUGUACAUCAACCGCGUGUGCUAUCGUGUGCCCGACGCGAUCUCCAAGAAGUUUGCGGCGAAGAAGUCACGACCGAUGCAGCGCUCGCUGACGCCGCACUGGGACUGCUGUCCGACCAAUAUGUUCGACUCGGGCAAGGACACGCCGCGGUGGCGACCAAUUCAGUGCAUCACAGUGCUGACCGACAACACGGAGCGCAACACGGGCGGGUUUGAAGCGGUGCCAGGCUUCCACAAGGAGUUCGCGGAGUACGCGGCUAAGAACCAACCAGAAGCUGUAGCUGCAGCGCCGUUGACAGCUCCGUUGCGUCGUCCGCAGGUCUGUCUCGGUGAUUUCUCGCCUCUGCGGAUGCAGGAAGACCGCGCGGUGAUCGACCGAUACCAGCACAUUGGCUGCACAGCCGGCAGCGUCAUCUUUUUCGACUGGCGCAUCCCUCACGCCAACAGCUACAAGCACGUCGGCACCAUCCCACGCGAGGUCAUCUACACGGGCUUCAUCCCGGACACGCCCAUGAACUGCGAAUACGUACAAGAACAACUACGCCGCUACAAGUCGCGCCUCCUGCCUGCCGACCACUGGCAAAAAGACGACGUUGAUGCUCGCGUGGCGGAAGACUACUCGGCCCACCACUUCUCCGCACUCGGGUCUCGCCUUAUUGCGCUCCACCCGUGGUAA